UUCCAGCCAUGAAACUGUUUUUGGCAACUCUCUCCGUGGCAUUGGCCUUGGCCGCCGCCUCCCCGACGGAUCUGAACCGGACCGCCCUGCUGCCCAGGGUGACCGUUUCCGAGGGUCCCGAGGGUCGCAUCGUCAACGGCUACCCGGCUCCCGAGGGCAAGGCCCCCUACAUUGUGGGCCUGCUCAUCCGUACCGAUGGAAGCAAUGGUGCUGCUGUCGGUGCUGGCACCAUCAUCGCCAACAACUGGAUCCUGACCGCCGCCCAUUGCCUGACCACCGACUACGUGGAGAUCCACUACGGCUCCAACUGGGGCUGGAACGGCGCCUUUAGACAGUCCGUGCGCCGCGACAACUUCAUCAGCCACCCGAAUUGGCCCGCCCAGGGUGGUCGGGACAUCGGUCUGAUCCGGACUCCCCCCGUGAGCUUCACUACUUUGAUCAACAAGGUGGCACUGCCCAGUUUCAGCGAGCAGAGCAACCGCUUUGUGGACACCUGGUGUGUGGCCUGCGGCUGGGGCGGCAUGGACAAUGGCAACCUGGCCGAUUGGCUGCAGUGCAUGGACGUCCAGAUCAUCAGCAACAGCGAGUGCGAGCAGUCCUACGGCUCUGUGCCGCCACCGACAUGUGCACCCGCCGCACCGAUGGCAAAUCCGGUUGCGGAGGCGACUCCGGUGGUCCGCUGGUUACCCAGGACAAUGCCCGUCUCGUGGGCGUUAUCGCCUUCGGAUCUGUCGACUGCCACAGCGGUCCGUCGGGCUACACCCGCGUCACAGACCACCUGGACUGGAUCCGCGACAACACCGGCAUCUCCUACUAAAGGCGUCUCGGCCAGAAGACUAAGUUUCUUCCCAGCCAUGAAACUGUUUUUGGCAACUCUCUCCGUGGCAUUGGCCUUGGCCGCCGCCUCCCCGACGGGUCUGAACCGGACCGCCCUGCUGCCCAGGGUGACCGUUUCCGAGGGUCCCGAGGGUCGCAUCGUCAACGGCUACCCGGCUCCCGAAGGCAAGGCCCCCUACAUUGUGGGCCUGCUCAUCCGUACCGAUGGAAGCAAUGGUGCUGCUGUCGGUGCUGGCACCAUCAUCGCCAACAACUGGAUCCUGACCGCCGCCCAUUGCCUGACCACCGACUACGUGGAGAUCCACUACGGCUCCAACUGGGGCUGGAACGGCGCCUACAGGCAGACCGUCCGCCGCGACAACUUCAUCAGCCACCCGAACUGGCCCUCGCAGAGUGGUCGGGACAUCGGUCUGAUCCGCACUAACCAUGUGAACUUCAAUGCCCUGAUCAACAAGAUCCCCCUGCCCAGCUUCAACGAGCAGAACGAUCGUUUCCAGGACACCUGGUGCGUGGCCUGCGGCUGGGGCGGCAUGGACAACGGAAACCUGGCCGACUGGCUGCAGUGCGUCGACGUGCAGAUCAUCAGCAACAGGGAGUGCGAGCAGGCCUACGGCUCUGUGGCCGGUACUGACAUGUGCACCCGCCACUCCGACGGCAGGUCGGUGUGCGGCGGCGACUCCGGUGGCCCCCUGGUCACACACGACAACCCUCGUCUCGUGGGCGUGAUCACCUUCGCCUCCGUCAGCUGCCACAACGGUCCGUCUGGUUACACCCGCGUCUCCGACUACCUGGGAUGGAUCCGCGACCACACCGGCAUUUCUUACUAAAUGCACGAGGCAUAGCAAAUGACAAAGCGGAGGAUUGCUCAGCAAAGUCAUUGCUUUUCUUAAUAAAUUCAUUCAAUAACUGCAA